UCGCCGCGCACUCAUAACGCUCCACCUUUUGUACUGUCCUGAGUUAAAUUGUGGCCAGCAGGACUAUAGCGCGUCGGAGGCUACCAGAACAUAUCAGAAACUCAAUUCUGUCCUGAAUGUCAACCGGAGGGCCAUAGAAACUGUGAUACUGAUCAUGCCAUGCCCCUGCGCUCGCAGCUCCGUCCUGUAUCAUCUACUUGUUCUGAUCAUGCAUGAGGUUGCGACUUCAUACCGGAAAUUGUCGACGCAGGCCUUACGCGCAUACACGGUGGGAAUUUCUGCCACAAACAUGGGGCCAAAUUUGGAACUAUCCGAUAUUACUGUCUUCGAUGUUCUGUUCUCAGUUGGUGUUAUUUUGGUGACCCAGACGGCACGCAAGGGUGUCACAAGAUCCAACGGCUCGGAUUGGAAGCACUUGUACUCAGCGAAGAAGAUUCGGUUUAGGUUUUCAUAGAAUGGCUUCGGUAGUUGUUACCACGCGCACUUUAGAGAGAUAUAAACAAAGAAAUCAC